AGCAGGACCAACCCAUAUAGUUGGGCCAGUAUACUGCAAGCUCUCAAUUAACAUCUAAUUGGCUAUCGAAAACUAUCAGCAAACUCCUAUUCACCUCUCUGCCGGAUUUGUGCCCUGAAAAUCUACAAAGAGCCUCGUGCAACGACGCACUGGUGUUAUUGGUUCUAAUCGAAGCGGAAGCUUCAGACUAUCUGCUUGGCACAUAACAUACCCCUGACAGCAAUGGAUAUCGCUUCACAGACGUCUCGAAUACGGGGGAGCACACCUUUGGUGCGGGAGAGUUCGGGAGAGAGGACUACUUAAAGGACCCAUCCUCUCAGUGUUAACACAUACUAAAGAGCCUGAGAUAAUCAUGAGACUCGGGCGUCCAGUUCCUUCUUAUUGACGCUGGGCUGACGGGUUCUUGAGCAGUUUAUUGCAACUCUCUAAACAAAGCACAAUUACACAAUGCGUCUCCAAUCUUUGAUUCCGGCAGGUCUGGCUGGUCUGCUCCUCGGCCUCGGAGCCGUUCCGCUUGCCGGUGCCACCGUAUCAUCCCGUCAGCUCUCGGGCUCGUUCUCUUUAAUCGAGGACGAACCUCUGUUCACCUUCAAGUACUCAACCCCCGACCCCAACCCCACUAACUGGGUUGGCCUCUACAAUUCCUUCGGCGGGGGCCCCGAACACGAGCAAUAUGUCGAGCCAUCUCUGGUGUGGAAGUACGCCCCAGACUCGGCCGGGACCGUACACCUGCCGGUCUCCGCUCUUCAGCCCGGGAGCUACAAGGUCUUCUUCCUAGCCAAGGACGGCUACAAGUGGCUGGCCGAGCCAAUCGAAGUAUUCCUCCGCGAUUCCGGCCCCAUCUCCUUCAUCGUCGACAACGCCACCCUGCACAACGCCCGCCAGGGCGACCCCUUCGAGGCCAGGAUCAGCGGCCUGCUGAGCGGCGGCGACGGCGAUCCGGCCCUCAAGUUCGCAAAGGUCAACCUCGGCGGCGACGGCGACGAGUGGGUCGAGGUCCACGCCGACGGAACCAUCUCCGGCACCCCCGGCCCCUCGGCCAAGCGCACGCGUGUGUCCAUCGAGGCGACAACCGGCCCGGACGGCUCCACAGCCCGCCUGGACGUUAUCAUACCCGUUCGACCCUCUGGCAGGCCGCUCGUGAGGCGUCUGAGCGUGUUGACGUACAACCUCUGGCACGGCGGCACACAGGUCGACGACCACCACCGGAAGCAGGUGCGCUUCCUCCUCGACAGCGGCGCCGACGUCGUUGGCCUGCAGGAGAGCACGGGCGGGCACGCGACCCGCCUGGCCAGGGCGCUAGGGUGGCACGCCUGGCAGGGCGACGACGUCGGCAUCAUCAGCCGCUACCCGAUCGUCGCGGAGCACCGGCAGGGCGGGUACGGCGGUGCGGUGCGCGUCGCGCUGGAUGGCGACACGAGCCAGAUCAACCUCUGGAACGUCCAUCUCGGAUACACCCCCUACGGGCCCUACGACUUCUGCUUCGACAACAUGACGGCGGAGCGGGUCCUGGAUCGCGAGGCCGUCUCUGGCCGCACGCCGCAGAUCGUCGCCACCAUGGCCGCCAUGCGGGACCAGCUGGCGGGCUCGGACGACGUGCCCGUGCUGCUCCUGGGCGACUUCAACGCGCCGUCACACCUGGACUGGACCGAGGCGCUGCGGGGGAAGAACUGCGGCAAGGCCGACAUCCCCUGGCCCACGUCGACCGAGCCGACCGAGGCGGGCAUGGUCGAUUCCUUCCGCGCGGCACACCCCGACCCGGCCGCCGAGCCGGGCAUCACUUGGUCGCCGAUAUAUCUCGACAACGGCGGCCGGCCCGAGCCGCUGGACCGCAUCGACUUCAUCUACUACAGCGGGAGCCUGUCGGUGCUUGGGUCCGAAGCGCUCGUCGUCGGGGACCCUGCGCCAAUGCCGAACCACUGGGGCAACGAGUGGACCUCGGACCAUGCGGCGGUGCGGACUAUCUUUCACGUCGGUCCGUGUGUGCCUCGUCCUCGGCGUGUGUGAGCGGACGGUGAUUAGGUGUUGCACUUCCGAAUCGCCCAUCGAGACCUUGUCGUUCUGUGUCGACGCAAUUGUGGUCCUCGGUCAUGCGUUCUCUAACUCCUGUUUCAUGGUCAGAAAGUUCCAUCUCUCAAGUACUGCGCAAGGGUGAACAGAUGUAAGGAGCUAUCCUGAUUCUGAGUAGGGUAAGAGAAUAUUGGACCGGUAGUGAUUUACACAGAAAACAAACUUCAAGGCCCCAAAUAGGGGCGGCUGGGCAUCAGUAACAAUUCCUCACGGCUCUGUU